UAUGUUCAUCUGGAAGAUCGCCCCUGUCCUUGCCUGUGGAAACACUGUAGUUGUUAAGCCAGCAGAACAAGCUCCACUGACUGCCCUACACAUGGCAUCUUUAAUUAUAGAGGCAGGAUUUCCACCUGGAGUUGUGAACAUUGUGCCAGGCUUUGGACCCACUGCUGGAGCAGCAAUUUCUCACCACAUGGAUGUAGAUAAAGUAGCCUUCACAGGCUCAACACAGGUUGGCAAGCUGAUUAAAGAAGCAGCAGGGAAAAGCAAUCUGAAGAGAGUUACACUGGAACUUGGAGGAAAAAGUCCUAACAUUAUAUUCGCGGACGCAGACUUGGAUGCUUCCGUGGAAUUUGCACAUAUCGGUCUGUUCUACCACCAGGGACAAUGUUGCACAGCAGGAUCUAGGAUUUUUGUGGGAGAGCCUAUUUAUGAUGAGUUUGUUUGCAGAAGUGUUGAAAGAGUGAAAAGGUAUACUCUUGGGAAUCCUCUGCUGCCUGGUGUACAGCAAGGCCCCCAGGAAUGCCCAUCUGUAUGGUCGUAUUCGCCAUCGCGGCAGCUGCCGUUACUGAAUAAUCCCUAUAUCUAUAGGCGAUUCCAAAUUUCAGUAAAUGCCCAUAUCUAUGGUCGCGCCUGCCUUCGCAGGAACUAUCCCCCAUGCUCCUUACCGCGUGGAGGUGAAGCAAUGUUUCAGCCCCUCAUUGGGGCCCCAGCGGCCCAAGGGCUGGGCUUAGAGCUUUCUCGAUCGCGGCCUAUAGGCCUCUCGGUGGUCAGGAUGCAGGCCUCAGUACCUAGUCGCAGCAAUAUGGUGGUUCAAUCAGUGUUUUCGGGCGCCAUCUGUCGGGGUCCGGAGGCUGGCGAGAGGCGAGAUCAGGGCACUGAAGAGUCGACUCAGCAGCUUGCUAUCACACAGUAUCACAGUAUUAUCAGGUAUCAAAAAAUCCUGGAGCUAAUUGAGAGUGGGAAAAAAGAAGGAGCCAAACUGGAAUGUGGAGGAGGUCCUUGGGGAGACAAAGGUUACUUCAUCCAGCCGACAGUUUUUUCUAAUGUUACGGAUGACAUGCGCAUUGCCAAAGAAGAGAUAUUUGGACCUGUUCAGCAAAUCAUGAAGUUUAAAACUAUAGAUGAAGUUAUCAAGAGGGCAAAUAAUACCACCUAUGGCUUAGCAGCAGGAGUUUUUACCAAAGACAUUGACAAAGCACUGACAUUUGCAGCUGCACUUCGGGCUGGAACAGUCUGGGUUAAUUGUUAUAGUGCAGUAUCUCCUCAGUGUCCUUUUGGAGGAUUUAAGAUGUCGGGAAUCGGGCGAGAAUUGGGAGAAUAUAGCCUUCAUGAAUACACAGAAGUUAAGACCGUCACAAUCAAAAUCCCACAGAAGAACUCAUAAUGCUCCUUGAGGUACAGAAUGUAGCAUCUUCAAGUGAAUCUGUAAUGGCUACCUGGAUUCUGAAAAGUUUUACAUCCAGAAUUAUUACACUUUUUUUCUUUCUGCUCAUGUAAGACAUACCUGCUUACAGUAACAAUAUAAAGUAGAAAAUGUUAAUAUGAUUAAUUGAGAAAAGGAAACUUUGAUGUCUAAUGCAUAACUAAUUUUUAAGCAAUUUUCAGUGGCAUGUCUCUGUAGUGAUAGAAGGAUGUUACUUUUGCAACAUAUUCUACAGCUGUAGUUUGAAUUUGCAUGCUCUAAGUGUUACAUAGCAUGCUGUAUUUGCAUUUUCUUUCUUUAUGGCCUUAGCAGAAGCACUUGUGAGUAAUUAGGGGAUACAUACCUUUCUGUGUCUUUCAGAGGUAAUAAACUCCUUCUAGAUGUAUUUCUUGUGCUACUGAAUAUGUUCAUCAUACCACAUAAAUGCAAUCCCAAUAUCAUUAAACAAUAUUAAAAUUCAA